AUGGACCUUUCCAGGGGCGGCACGCUGAUCAAGAAUCCACUGUCAUGCUUCCUCCACCAAGAGCUUCCAACAAGAUGCAGCAUGGCGGAUUCGACUGACACUCCCGGCGACCCAAUGUCCCGCCCUACCACCGCCACGCGCGACACCAGCGACCUCGACCACGCCGAUGCCUCGUCCUCUACCGUCGCCGCCCCGGCUGCAAACACACCGACGCCCGCGUCGCAGACAUCACAGAGCGCCGACGCGGGUCCCGAGAGCAGCUUCUAUGACGCCGCGCCCAUGGACAACACCAUGGCCCCCGAUGACAACGUCUCCGAGGCCGCCGUCAGGCACCACCUCAAGGACGUCGAGUCGAGCUUCCUCCCCGUGCUGUCCCCCAUCCCGACAGCCCCUGCCAACGGCGGACCGGCCGCCGACGACACCUUUCUCUUUGACUCGCCGCAAAAGGUGGACAAGCCCCCUUUGCAGCCGGCCCACCAGAACGAGGAGCCCGACACCACCGCCGUCAGCAGCACCACGUCCAACCUCGAGGCCUUUGACUCGUCCCCUACGGCCGCGGCCGCCGCCCGGACCGUGUCGCGCGCUGUGAGCAUGGCCAGCGACGCUACGAGGCAGGCGUACGAUGCGGGAGACGACACCGACGCCGUGGGCGACGAGUCCUUUGCGUCUAGCCUCGACCACAAUGAUCGUCCCUGGUCCCAGUCGCAGCGCUCCGAUCGCGUUGACGCCGGUAGCACACCAGGAUUUGCGCUGCGCAAACAGCGCCCCAAAUUCCUGCGCAGCCGAUUUGGCAGUCAGCGAUCCUCGACCUCUUCCUUUCUCACGAAUACCGAAUCUUUGGACGACGGAGACCUGACCUCGAACCAGGACAUUGACAUGGCGCUGCAGUCGGGCGGCGUACUGCCGACCAUGGGGAUGCCGCGACUACCUAGCAACGUGAUGCAGCGGACAAUCAGCAUUGGCAGUAUUGUCUCUGGCGUUGGCACCGAGGACGUUGGCGACACGUCCCAGCAGUUGGAGCCCCUUCCCGAGAUCGAUACUCCCGUCCGAGCAACCAGUCUUCGAUUCGAUCCGCUCAAGACUCCCAAGCCCUCCAGGGAGAAUCUCAAUGCCACCCCCACAGACACUGUCAUCGCGCAGCAUGUAAAAAAUGUCCACGUCCCCGAAUCUCUAGCCAAGGAGUACAAGUUUCGAUCCGGCCUGCAAACGCCAUUUAGGCCGACCACUGCUAAUGCAGGCGCCGGCACCGUUUCUCGCACGGGUAAAAGCCUCACAUUGAAAGAGCAGAGUAGUACAAUCGAAAAGCUCUCCAAAGAAAACUUUGACUUGAAACUCAAGGUCAUGUUUCUGAGCGAUCGCCUGGACAAACUGUCAGAAGAAGGCAUCAAAGAAAUGAUUUCAGAAAAUGUCGAACUCAAAACCACUCUGGCUGUGCUGCAGCGCGACAACAAAGUUUUACGGAAACGCGUCAAGGAGCUCGAGAAGCGCAUUAAGGAAGACGAAGAGCGACCUAGCACGGGCGGAUCUAGCAACGACCAAGCGAGCCGACUGAACGAGCAAGAGGUCUGGGAGCGCGAGCAGGAACUGAUUUUCCUCCGCGAGCGCGUCGAAGAGUACGCGAUAGAGAUUGAGAAGCUUCGCACCGAACGCAUGAACAAGGAGUCUGAGAAGAAGAAGCUCGCCGAUAUCGUCAAGAGCCUUGGCGAGCGCACCGGCGAAAAGAUUGAUCGCCAAGAAGAAGCCGACGUCUGGAGGGAUCUGCUGGAACAGGAAACCGCACAUCGGGAACAGACAGAGGACGACAAUGUCAGACUACGCGAUGAAAUUUUCAAGCUGAAAAAAGAAAUGGCCGCCCUGCAAAGUGGACAAACCACCAACAUCUACAACAUUGCCAAGCGACAGCGAGACCGCGCCUUCUCACCGAACAAGCCGACAGAAUCUGAGAGCUCCAAUGCUGGUUUCAGCGCCGCCAGUACGCUCGUUGACGAGCUUCGGCGUGAAAGCGAGAAGCUGCGCCAUGAAAAUGCUGAGCUACGUCGCGAAGUUGGUGCGCAGACUUCUAUGCUCACUUCGCGGAAUCGAGAAAAAGAUCGCCUCCAGCAGGAAAUUGAGGACCUCAAAAUCUCUCAUGGCCGUAACGGUGCCGCCUCGACAGCCGACAGCAUCCUCGAGCGUUCUGCAUCAAGAGCUGGUGCUCGCUAUGAUUCGCCGUCUCGCGUCAGUGCCCGCACGCUGCCCACUACCAUCGAAGACGCAGAGCGCGAAGAUCUGGAAAAUAGAUUGGCAGAGGCACGAGACCGCAUCAGCGAAGUCAAGAUGGCCAACCAAGACCUGGAACGCGAGCUGAAUGGCUGCAUGUCCGAUUUCGAGAUGGUGCUGGCUGGAAAACGUGAGGCUGAGAAUCAAAUCCUGUCUCUUCAAGAGGAACUUGAUAACGCUGUGAAUGACCUGGAGGCAAUGCAGGCUGAGCGAGACACCGCCCUACAUGACUGCGGCCAAAUGGAGGCACAUUUGGAAGAAUUGCAACUCGACGCAGAGUCGCAACUGGAAGAGCUUGACGGAGAGGUUGUGGAAAAGUGCAGAGAGAUUGAGAUACUACAGGCUGACCUUGCCGAUCGCGCGGAGAAUUUCGACGCGCUGCAAAACGCCAUGCGCGAGAUGAGCCAAUCGCUUGUCGGGCUGGAGGAUGAGCAAAAUAAAAAGCUCCGACGGAUCCAGCAACUCGAAGCUGAGAUUGAGUCUUCGAACCGCGAACUCGAGGCAUUCGAGAUGAAGCUCAGCGAAGAAUCCGAAAAGAACCGCCGCCUGGCGGUGCAGCAAGAAUCGUCGCAAAGUGAGAUUGCCUUUUUGCGUGAAGAGCAGGAGGCGGACAAGAUUCGCAUCGGCGACCUCGAGGCCGCGAUUGCCAGCGCCGAGCAAAGCUUGCGCGAUGAAAAGGACAGAGCCAGGGAACUCGACGAACGGCUGCAGCAGGAACGCGCCCAACGCGAGAUGGUGGCGAACCAGGAGAAGGAAGAGGUGCAGCAGUUCGUCAACGAGCUGAACCGCGAGGCGUCUGCCGCACAAGACGAAGCACGAAAACUGCGUAAGAAUCUGUCUUCGCGCGAAGUCGAGGCGACUGCCUGGAAGGAACGCCUACAGGAACUCGAGAAUAACCUUCGGGUUACCUUGGGCGACCUCAAUGGCACACGAUCGUCUCUCCUCGGCUCGAUUGCUAGAAUCCAGCGAGACUUGGAGAAUACCGUUCGGGAACUCGACGUGGCCAAGGCGUCCGUCGUCGAAAAGGACCGCCUCAUCAAGCAGCGGGAUGCCCUGCUCGAGUCCCUCGGCCUCGAGAGCCAAAAGGCCAGCGAGAUGCUGGAAAAGGAGCGGCUCGCGCACCGCCACACAAAGUCGGACUAUGAGACGUUUCAACGCACACACCAGCACCUGUCGCGCACCGCCAGCACGCAAGACGUGCGCAUCGCCGAGCUGGAGAGCACGCGCGGCCAGGAGCGUCGCAAGCUGGCCACGCUGGAGCAGAGCGCGCGCGAGCAGCUGAUGGAGCGCAACGAGCUCCUGCUGCAGCUCUGGAAGCGCCUGAGCGUGCUCUGCGGGCGCGAGUGGGCGCACAGCCACACGCUCGUCGACAAGCAGGCGGUGCCGAGCAUCGAGGUUGUGUCGAGCCGGCUCCCGGGCUUCACCAAGAACCUGAUGGCGGCCAUCAAAAUGAUUGAAAACAUGCUCAAGUCCUUUGAGGGCAAGAUCCACUCGGUCGAGCGCGACCUCACGCGCGAGUACCAGGCGCUGGAGAGCAACCUCGACCUGCGCGCCAAGCGCCUGGACCGCGUCGAGACGCUCGUGCGGACCCAGAUUGCGGCGGGCACCGGCGCCAUGGGCUCCAUGACGUCGCAGGAGCUGCGCGGGCGGCUGACGCGCGUCGAGCACGCGUACCAGAAGCUCAAGGUCGAGUACGAGACGCUCAAGACGGCGACGAGCGUGCGCGCGCGCGCCGCCGCCGCCGCGCACCAGCACGGCGCCGACUCCCCCCGGUCGGGCGGCAGCGCGGGCGGCUCUCCGUCGCCGGCCGUGCCCCGCGGGCCGGGCGAGCGAGACAAGGAGCGCGCCACCGCUGCCGGGUCGUCGUCGUCGUCGCGCGGCUCUAGGGAGAGCCGCAUCCCUUCCUCGGUGCAGCACCGCCAGGGCGCCGUCGCCGAUAACGCCGACAUGGGCCUCGUGGAACUUGCAAAGAGUGGUGGUGGCAGCGACGCGGGCGGCGGCGGCGGCGGCGGGUACAAGGACACGCCGCUCAUGCUGCGCCUCAAGAACCUCGAGUCGAAACUGCGCACGGAGCGCGAGAAGAGGGACCAGGAGCGCGACGCGGCCAGGCAGCGCCUCGGCGACCUCGAGGAGGAGAACAAGGGCCUUCGCGGCAAGAUUCAACGCAGGCAGAUGGCGGAAUAG